AGCGUGUGCCCAACUCCGCAAUGAUAAAUGCCGGUUGUCCACCAACUUCUCCUGCCUGCCUGAGAUCCUCUUUCACUCCUCCAGGCACUCAUGAAUUCCUCUUUGCUUAUGAGAAGCAACUAGUGACUUGUGGAGAUGGCUCCGGAUAGGGGAAUUGAUAACUCUUUGCCGAGCGGAUCAGUCAUGACAACACCAGCAGCGCCAAGAGAGGUCGGCACGUCGUCAACAAAGCCUAUUCACAUCGAGGGUCACAGCUUUACUUUUCGAGGCCUUGCCGUCGGCCUCCUGGUCGGCCUGGUCAUAUGCUUCUCCAACAUGUACUUUGGCCUCCAGACCGGCUGGGUGAGCACUAUGAGCAUGCCUGCCAGUCUGCUCGGCUAUGGCUUCUUCAAGACGGUUUCUCGUCACCUCGAGUUCCCAUUCUCCCCAGUGGAGAAUGUCUUGGUCCAGACGGUGGCCGGAAGCAUGGCUAUCAUGCCUUUAGGUUGCGGCUUCGUCGGUGUGAUUCCGGCCAUGAACUACCUCUUGACUCCAGAUGAGCAGGGCCCUCUGUAUCUGAGUUUAUGGAAGCUGGUUUUAUGGUCGCUUGGUCUCUGCUACUUUGGUGUGGUCUUUGCUGUGCCGUUGCGCCGUCAAGUCAUCAUUAAGGAACAGCUGAAGUUCCCAAGCGGCUUUAGCACUGCGGUUCUGAUUAGCGUCCUUCAUGGACAAACCACCGUUAAGACUUCAGGACGCAGGGGGUCCAUUCCCGGCAGUUUUGCGGCUCUUGCUCCUGGCAAGAAUGCCGGUGCGCCCCAAGAGACCAUCCAAUCUGCCCAAGACUCCGGUGACCGUGAGGGAGGAGCUGCUGGGAGCCAGUCGUGGAAGCGCAAUGUGCAGUUGCUCCUACUCUGCUUCGCCGUUUCGGGCGUGUUCACCCUCUCCACCUACUUCUUCCCCGUCUUGAGGAACAUUCCAGUCUUUGGCCGCGUGGCGGCGACAACAUGGCUCUGGACGCUGAACCCUAGUCUGGCCUACGUGGGGCAGGGAAUCAUAAUGGGCACGGGAACGACCCUCUACAUGCUCCUCGGAGCCAUUGUUGGCUGGGGAAUUCUCUCUCCCCUAGCCAAGCACAAGGGUUGGGCCCCUGGCCACAUCGACGACUGGGAAAGCGGCAGCAAGGGUUGGAUCGUUUGGAUCUCGCUUGCUAUCAUGCUAGCCGAUGCCGUUGUCAGCCUGGGCCAUCUGGCACUUCGCCCGGUGGUCAAGGUUCUCAUCGGCGACCGUGUUAGGGACGGCGACCUCAGGAGCCUCCUCUUCCGCCGUCCCAAGGGAUACAGCUCGGUCAGAGCCGUGGAUGAUGUUGGCGGUGACCCCUUGCUACAGUCCGCCCCAGCCAGUCCCCUGUCUGAUCUCAGCCCUGCCACACCCUGGAGAGACGGGGUCGCAGAAGUCGACGAUCCGGAGCCGGCCGAUGAAGACGAUGCCCCAGCCGACCAGCAAAUCAGCAAUCGCGUUGUGGGAGUCGGGCUUGUUCUGUCAAUAGCGUUUUGCAUUCUCUGCACGCAUAUCGUAUUUGGGGACUUGGUGCCCCUGUAUGCGAACCUGGCGGCCGUUCUAAUGGCCCUGGUGCUUAGCAUAAUGGGCGUAAGAGCCCUCGGCGAGACCGACUUGAAUCCUGUCUCCGGAAUCAGCAAGCUGGCACAGCUGUUCUUUGCCUUUAUCGUCCCGCAGACCAACAAGUCGAGCGUAUUGAUCAACCUGAUUGCGGGCGCUGUUUCUGAAGCGGGUGCACUGCAAGCGGGAGAUCUCAUGCAAGAUUUGAAAACCGGGCAUUUGCUGGGAGCUGCCCCGAAGGCUCAGUUUUGGGGCCAGGUCAUCGGAGCUACCGCUGGAGCUGUUGCCAGCGCCUUUAUUUACCGUCUGUAUACAGCGGUCUAUCAGGUGCCUGGUGAUCUAUUCCAGGUUCCUACGGGCUACGUGUGGAUAUUCACGGCAAGACUGGUCACGGGCAAAGGGUUGCCUUAUAUGGCAAAGGAAUGGGCGAUUGCUUUUGCGGUCCUCUUUUCCGUCUCGACAGCCGUCAGGAUCUACUACAGAUCCGUCAAUAGUCGAUGGCACGCAUACAUACCGGGCGGUAUUGCCGUGGCAGUUGGGAUGUAUAACGUCCCCUCCUUCACCCUUGCCCGGACGAUGGGAGGCAUCCUAAGUUGGUGGUGGAGAUCAAGGAUGGGCUGGAAAGACACCCCUCUCAUUGUGCUGGCGUCGGGUUUCAUCCUCGGCGAGGGCUUCCUUAGCAUUAUAAACUUGAUCAUGCAGUGCUUUGGUGUCCCCCAUUUCUAAUUAGAUAUUCUUCUUGUCAGGGUCAAGCAUGAAUGAGCACAUUGGACCAUUGUGGGAACGUGGGGGUUGGCUUGGGGGCAGGCAUGUUUAGAUUUAGAUGGAUAUCCUAUACCAUGAACCCUACUGCAGCAACCACGACUGCGCUUGCUUCUUCUGGCCCGGAGUCUCCCAUGUCACUCCAAUCUUCAAGCCUCGGGCAUUAUCUUCAGCGAUCUGGAAAGAGAUGUGGCCAUGAAUCUCCUGCUCAGCUCCCGGCUGCAGUGACUGGGUAUGAUCUUCAUCAUUGAGUAAGAUCCCUUGCAUCCAAUGCG